AUGUUCCCUAGAUCAGAUAGAAACGUGGAAGCUCUCACUGGAGAUAUGAGCCAAUUAAGCUUCGAUAGUUCCAAUAACAACAUAAUGUCAUCUGGGAAUAAACUAAAAUAUAACGGACAGUAUUCUCCUACAAGAUAUAAGGAAAACAGAUAUGGGGCAAAUACUCCAACACCAUCACCAACCAAAUCUACUGUAUUUGGAGGUGAUGAUACAUCAAGAAUGGAUGUAGAUGAUUCAAUUUCUCAUGAUAUCGAUAUUGUUCAUUCUCCUAAAAAACUUCCUCCUGGGUUCGAUAAGAAAGCCUCUUCUAACAAGACUCAAAGGCUGGUUAGUGUCUGUAAAAUGUACUUUUUGGACUACUAUUGUGAUAUGUUUGAUUAUGUUAUUAGUAGGAGACAACGUACCAAAAAAGUUUUGGAAUACUUAGAACAACAGAAACAAGUUCAAAAUGCACCAACAGAGACGUUAAAUAAUGAAUGGUAUGGCUAUCUUCAAAAGGAACACGAAGUGCUGAGAAAAAGAAGAUUGAAACCAAAGCACAAGGAUUUUGAAAUGAUUACACAAGUGGGUCAAGGUGGUUAUGGUCAAGUUUAUCUAGCUAGAAAGAGAGACACCAAGGAAGUCUGUGCUUUGAAGAUUUUGAAUAAAAAAUUACUAUUCAAAUUAAAUGAAACCAAUCAUGUUUUAACAGAAAGAGAUAUCUUGACUACAACCAGAUCGGAAUGGUUAGUCAAACUACUAUAUGCGUUCCAGGACCCCGAAAGUUUGUUUUUAGCUAUGGAAUUUGUACCAGGUGGUGAUUUCCGUACAUUGUUAAUCAAUACAAGGUUUUUAAAGAGUGCACAUGCUAGAUUUUAUAUAAGUGAAAUGUUUUGCGCAGUUAACGCACUCCAUGAAUUGGGUUAUACACAUAGAGAUUUGAAACCAGAAAACUUUUUAAUUGAUGCUAAGGGUCAUAUUAAAUUGACCGAUUUUGGUUUAGCUGCAGGUACUGUCUCAAAUGAAAGAAUUGAAAGUAUGAAAUUGAGAUUGGAAGAAGUGAAGAAUUUGGAAUUCCCUGAGUUUAAAGAAAAAUCCAUUGAGGACAGAAGAAAAAUAUAUCACAACUUGAGAGAUACUGAUAUAAGUUAUGCCAACUCUAUGGUCGGUUCUCCAGAUUAUAUGGCUUUAGAAGUCUUGGAAGGUAAGAAGUACGAUUUUACUGUAGACUAUUGGUCUCUUGGUUGUAUACUAUUUGAAAGUUUAGUUAGUUAUACGCCAUUCAGUGGAUCUUCAACGAAUGAAACUUACGAAAAUUUAAGACAUUGGAAACAAACGUUGAGGAGACCAAGACUUGAGAAUGGUAGGGCCGCAUUUUCUGAUCGUACAUGGGAUUUAAUAACAAGAUUGAUUGCAGAUCCUAUAAGUAGACUAAGAUCGUUCGAACAUGUAAAGAGGAUGUCUUAUUUCUCUGAUAUAAAUUUUGAUUCGUUAAGAUCGAUGUCUCCACCAUUUAUUCCUCAAUUAGAUAGUGAAACGGAUGCAGGUUACUUUGAUGAUUUUACAAAUGAAGCAGAUAUGGCUAAAUAUGCUGAUGUCUUUAAGAGGCAAAAUAAAUUAUCUGCCAUGGUCGAUGACAGUGCUGUCGACUCAAAGUUAGUUGGAUUUACAUUCAGACACAGAAAUGGUAAACAAGGUUCAAGUGGUAUACUAUAUAAUGGUUCAGAAAAUUCCGAUCCAUUUGCCACUUUCUACUAA